CUUAUACCCACUCUGACCAUGUUCAUCGCCACUUGUUCAUAAUAUCUACCAUGGUCACCAUAACGCCCUAUGAGCCCGGCGCGCCGACCGACGCGCUGCACGCGAUCUGGGAGGCAACACUAGGCACGACUCCCUCCUACUCUCUCCCACCUGGCAAGCUGCACGCGCUGCUGAACUAUCCCACGGCCCGCGUCUUCCUCGCGCGCACCGACGAAAUCGUAGGCUGGGCGCUGACAUACACGAUUCGGGCCGGCACGGCCGUCGACCCGUCGAUGCAGCAUCUGCGCGGCGGCCUCUCCGCGCUGGCCGUGCAUCCCUCACACCAGCGCCGGGGCGUCGGCUCCGCACUCCACUCGGCGGCGGUAGCGUACCUCGAGACGGCGGUGCGCGCGAGCUUCGCGGCGUCGACGCCGCGGCCGACGGAGGGCGCGAUCCAGCUCGGCUCGGCGUUCCCCCGCAUCUUCCCCGGCCUGCCCGAGGGCGCGCCGGCGAUCGACUUCUUCGGCAAGCGGGGCUGGACGCUCGGCGAGCGCGCCACGGACCUGUACGGCGCGCUGCCGAGCUGCGUCGACUUGGGGCAGUUCACGGCGCCGGCGGAGGCGAAGGGCGUGGUCUUCCGCGCCGCGACGGCGGCGGACGCCGACACCGUCAUGCGCAUGCAGCACGCCGAGUUCGGGGGCUACUGCGGGUGGCCGGACCUCUUCGCCACCUUCUUUGAGGCGGGGCGCGCACAAGACAUCCACCUCGCGUUGCGCGGCGGCGAGGUGAUUGGCGCGACGCUCGCGGCCGUCAAAGGCAGUCCGGCGCAUGUGCGCCUCGCAUGGCCCGACACGCUGGGUGAGGCGUGCGGCGUGAUUGCGUGCGUUGGCGUGAGCGCCGCGGCGCGCGGCACAGGUGCCGGCGUCGGGCUGACGGCGGCGGGUAUGGUCGAGCUGACGCGGCGCGGCGCGGACGGCGUGUUCAUCGACUGGGCCAGCAUGCUGGGAUUCUACGAGCGGUUCGGCGUGCAGGCGUGGGCGGCGCCAUAUGUGACUGCGACGCGGAGGGUGACGUAG